CAGCCAUCGACGUGCGUUCAUGACCGGAGCUCCAGCGGAGGCUGCGAGAGCUGAAAGUGUUGCAAAGUUUCGAGGAUGCACUGAAGUGAGAGGCUGAAGACGAGCGAGUGGACGCUGGCAAUGGAUCCUACUUCGCUACUGCUACUACUUACAACUUGCAGCUGUGUCGCAGUACUCGGUCAGCAGGGUCCAGUGUUCGUGCUUGAACCACCUAGCACAUUAGUAUUUUCCAACACAACAGGUUCACAAUUAAGUUGCUCAGCUCAUGGAAGUCCUACGACUCAUGUUACAUGGAUUACUAGUCCAGAUCAGAGAAUAGUUACAGCUGUUCCAGGUCUCAGACAACUACUGGGUAACGGGACGCUCUACUUUCCUCCAUUUCUCGCUCAGGAUUUUCGAGCAGAGGUUCAUAAUGCAAGAUAUAGAUGCAGAGCCAGUAAUUCUGUUGGAACUGUCCUAUCAAGAGAAGUCACUCUUCGAGCCGUACUCACCGUGUCAGGAUACGACGUCAGGGUAAACAGAUCGCCAGUUGUUGAAGGAUGCAAUGCUGUCUUGUCUUGUACUGCGAGAGAGGACGUCAAGGAACAUCUUACAGUCACAUCCUGGUACAGAGAUGACGCCAUUUUACUACCUGGAAGCAUAGAUACUGGAGGAAGAUUUGUCGUUACAUCUCAGGGCGAUCUGCACAUAAGAAACACACGAGCUGAUGAUGGUAGAGCUCUCUAUUGGUGUUUAACUCUACACACACUGACGGGGGAAAGGAGAAAAAGCGAACAUGUGACCUUGACUGUAACAGAACCAACUGGAUCAAUGCCACCGAGACUAAUGCAACCUUCCCAGAUAGCUAUCUCUGCAGAGAGAGGUUCAGAUGUGCACUUAACAUGUUCAGCACAAGGUAGUCCACCUCCCCAAUUCACUUGGUAUCGUGAUAUAAACGGCCAUUCAAUUCCUGUCGAGUCUUUCGGUAGAAUCCAGCUUUGGGGUGACUUAAUGCAAAUCCGCCGUGUAGAUGCUCAAGAUGCAGGAAGAUAUAUCUGUAGAGCCAGCAACCAAUUUGGAGAACAAAGAGCCGAGACACAUUUAUCCGUAACAUCUAAAUUAAACGCUAGAAUUCAACCACGCUUUCAAGUCGUCAAUUCAGGAGAAUCUGCCACCAUGAACUGCACGGUCGAGGGCUAUCCAGUGGAAAGUGUGGAGUGGUUACAUGAUGGAGUACCAGUUCUUACGGCUCAAGAUUCAAGAAUUCGGUUAUUAGCUCCAUUAGUUCUAGUUGUUGGCUCAGUUGGUAGGAGAGAUAAAGGAAUGUAUCAAUGUUUAGUACGAAGUGAUAAAGAAAAUGCUCAAGCAACAGCCGAAUUAAAAUUAGGAGAUACCGUACCCGAACUUCAAUAUACGUUUAUCGAACAAGCCUUGAGGCCUGGACCUCCUGUAUCUUUAAGAUGUUCUGCCACGGGUUCACCGCCACCCUCGUUUACUUGGUUAUUAGAUGGCGAGCCUUUGAGUGAGAUUGCUCAGGGACACAGGUAUGCUAUAGGACAGUACGUCGAUCAAUCUGGAGACGUAAUAAGCCACUUGAAUAUCACAUCAGCUGGAGCUGAGGACGGUGGGCUUUAUGCUUGUAUGGCAAGAAAUACAUUGGCUGCUGUUGAACACAAAGCAAGACUCAAUAUUUAUGGUCCUCCUUAUAUUCGUUCCAUUGGACCUGUACGUGCAAUAGCUGGGAUUGAUACUACAAUAGCAUGUCCUUAUUCUGGAUACCCUAUAACUUCAGUCGAAUGGUCAAGAGGUGGAGUGGAAUUACCUCUAGAUAUGCGACAUCGAGUUGAUACUGAGGGCUACUUGACUAUCGCUACAGUCGAUCCGGAUGAUGCUGGUACUUAUACGUGCACAGUUCGUGCAAGUACUGGAGAAACUGCCAGCCGAGAUAUAAAAUUGACCGUGAGCAGUCCGCCUGUUAUGAGUCCUUUUUCAUUUCCACCAAAUUUACAAGAGGGAAGUCGAGCUCAAAUUACCUGUGGAGUUACCUCUGGUGAUCUUCCUAUUUAUUUUUCGUGGCUCAAAGAUGGAGAGCCUUUACCUUCUUCUCUAAAAAUUGAAGAAAGAGGUGCAGAGUUUUUUAGUUUGUUAGUUUUUAAAGAACUUACUUCAAAGCAUAGUGGAAAAUACACAUGUGUUGCUACAAAUAGUGCUGCAAAAGUAAAUCAUACAACUGAAUUGUUAGUUAAAGUUCCUCCUCAAUGGACCUAUGAACCCCAAGACGUAUCAAGUCUUCUCGGUAAUCCCCUGAAUGUUCAUUGUGAAGCUAAGGGGUUUCCCCCUCCUCGAAUUACUUGGCUGCGAAGUAGAGGAAGAAAUUCUAAUGACUAUCAGCAGUUAGAGGAGAGCUUGGAUAGUAGGAUUAUGAUUCUACCAAAUGGAUCAUUAUGGACUGCUUCUGCAGGUCCUCAAGACGAAGGGCAUUAUCUUUGUAGAGCAAAUAAUGGUAUUGGUUCGGGGCUCAGCAAAGUCAUUUAUGUCUCAGUGAAUGAACCCGCGAGAUUUGAGCAACAAAGCAAGAAUGUAACGAUAAGAAGAGGAGAAUCAGUAACUCUAGAUUGUACAGUAAUUGGUGAUAAUCCUAUAGAAGUUCAAUGGCUACACAAUAAUGAUCGAUUGGAUACUAAUAAUCACCGAUUAAGUAUAAGUCAGGUAAAAACAGACACUGGACUGAAAUCCCAAUUAUCUAUCGGAGGCAGCGAUAGACAUGACUCUGGCAUUUAUAGGUGUACUGCUGAAAAUGCCUUUGGCAAAAGUGAACAUAUUAUUUAUUUAGCUGUUCAAGAACGACCUGAUCCACCAACUGCCUUAGAAGUAAUAGAGAUAGGCUCCAGAUCAAUAAGACUUUCAUGGAAAAGAUCUUUUGAUGGAAAUAGUCCAAUUCGAAAUUAUAUUAUCCAAUAUAGACCUUUAAAUCAUGGAAUAACUGACGACUGGGAACCUUCAAAGACUCACAAUGUUACAUUUACUCCUGGCAACUCAAAUAUUGGAGCUUCAACUAAUCCAACUCAAAACGGACUCUCUAGAUACGAUUCUACAAGUGAUGACCAAGAAGUUGCACUUGUUGGAGGUCUCCACCCAGCUGUUACGUAUGCAUUCCGAGUAUUUGCAAUAAAUCCUAUCGAUGCAAGUGAACCAACAGACCCAGUCGUGGCUAAAACUCAGGAAGAGGCUCCAACUGAGCCGCCACAAAACAUAAAAGUCCAAUCCGCUGGAUCGGGAGAGUUGAUCGUCACAUGGCAAUCGCCCCCCAAGGAAUCGUGUAAUGGAGACCUUCUAGGAUAUAUUGUAACAUGGUCUGAACAUUCGUCUUCGACUUCCGGAGUCAAUCAAAGUAAAAGUUUAACUGUAAAUGGAUGGGCAACGACUAAAGUCCAACUGACAGGAUUAAGAAAGUUUACGAAGUAUGAUAUAUCGAUAAAAGCUUUUAACAGCAUUGCUGCUGGACCAGCUAGUCCAACCAUCGUUGGAACAACUCAAGAAGGAGUUCCGGAAGCUCCGCCAACUCAAGUAACUUGUGCUCCACUCUCCUCUCAGAGCGUGAAAGUCUCUUGGAGUGCACCACCGGCUCAUCAGCAUGGUGGGAUAAUUCAGGGAUAUAAAGUUUAUUACAGACCAGUACCUACUGAUAACAUGGAAAUAUCAACAGUAGGUGAAGUCAAACGGACUUCUAGUGAAGAAACAUAUCUUCACACUUUGUACAAAUAUACCAACUAUUCUAUCAGGGUAUUAGCAUACACUGGAGCUGGAGAUGGCGUUCUAAGUCCUGCGAUUUAUUGUACAACUGAAGAAGAUGUACCAGGACCUCCUGCAGGAAUUAAAGCUCUUGCUCUCACAGCUGAAAGUAUUUUAGUAUCUUGGCUUCCCCCUUUGCAACCGAAUGGUCAAGUGUCUCAGUAUACAGUUUAUAGUAGAGAAACUGGAGCCAGUCGACACAACACACAUACAAUGCACGAACCUCCAUCAUCACCUACUGAUACCUUAACAAUGGAACUUCGGGGGUUGACUGAAAGCCAACUGUAUGAAUUCUGGGUUUCCGCAACAACUGGACUAGGUGAAGGAGAACCAACAACGAUAGUAACUCAAACAACAAACACCCGAGCUCCAGCACGAGUAGCAUCUUUUUCUCAACUCCUAAGGCGUGCUGUAAAGUCUUCAGUUACUUUAUCAUGUUUAGUAGUAGGAAACCCAACCCCUCGACCUGUGUGGACUCAUAAAAAUACUCAAAUUUUUACUGGUCGUCUAUAUGAAAUCACAGCUGAGGGUCACUUGAAUAUUCAUGGUAUUGAGCCGUCUGUCGCUGGAAAUUAUACUUGUUCAGCAAGUAACCUGUUUGGUGAUGAUUCUAUCACCUAUACACUCGUAGUUGUUAUGCCUCCAAAAGCUCCUCAGUUAGAACUUCAGUAUACGACUACUCAUAGUGUUAAAUUACGUUGGAGCCACCCAGAAAAUGGUGGAGCAACGAUACAAGGAUAUGUUUUGAGUUAUAAAAAAGAUCAAGGUGGUUGGGAAGAAAUAAUGUUGUCUCCAGAACAAACAGAAUUUACGCUUAAUGGUCUGAAAUGUGGUUCAUCUUAUUUAGCUCAUUUAACAGCACACAAUCGAGUUGGUACGGGAGAUCCUAGUGCGUUGAUAAGUGCUACAACCAAAGGAACUGCACCACAUCUUCCUAAAGAACGUGAAAUCAUUACUGCUAAUGCUACAUCUGUGAGAUUGAAUUUAUUAUCAUGGCCUAAUGGUGGUUGUCCAAUUCACUAUUAUACCGUUGAAUAUCGAAGACGAAUAAACACUGAACCAUGGAUUUUAGUAGCAAGUAAAGCUACAGAAAAUCUUGUUAUUAGAGAUUUGAAACCUGCUGCUUGGUAUAGCUUAAGGCUUACAGCUCAUAAUGAUGCGGGUGCAACACAAACUAAGAUGGAAUUUGCUACUACGACUUUAAGUGGCAUCAGCAUUGGUCCUCCGAAUGAUUUAAUUAUGGAUGAUGAACUAGAAAAAAAUCCACAGAAUCAUAAAGUGUUGUAUGUUGUAGUCCCUCUUAUUUGUGCAAUUAUUUUGAUCGUUUCCGCAGUUAUACUCGGCUAUGUUAUGCUGAAGAGGAGUGGAAGGUCUAGUUAUUUAGGGGAAAUGUUGCCUGGCCAACCCGGACAAACGGGUUUAGGGAUCAACCCUCAAUCUCAACAUCAAACCCAUCAUCAUAUGUCUAGUUGUAUGUCAACAGUUCAAUUAAAAUCUACUGCUGAGAGGGAUAAUAGGAGAAAUCACCAGGUUUAUACUAGCUCACCAGUUAAACAAGAUAAUCAUAAAGCUAAUGAUCACGGAUCUGAAAUGUAUGAAAUUAGUCCAUAUGCAACGUUCAGUGUACCAGGAAGAGACAAUCGAUCUGUGAAUACAGCGACAUUGGAUUAUACAAUGCAAUUUAAAACUUUUGGUCAUUUAGAAAAUGAAGAUAUCAACACGAUAGAUUACGAGAGAUCCAGUGUCGAUUUCGAACGGUCUAAAACCCCUAGAUGGCACAAACAACGUUACUUUCCAAGCAUCGCUGAAGCGGAAAGUAAACUUCGGUCUAGUCGUCCAGGCUCUGGAAGUGAUACUUCAGGAAGUCCUUGUGGAGAAUGCGCUGGACCAAGUUAUCGAGUUCCAGUUAAACCUUGUAGAGAUGUAUUCUCGAGAGGAGUGGAAUCAAGUACGGAAUCUAACAACGAAGGUUCUCCGUCAUUAGCACGAAGAAGAAGUCGACAACCGUGCCGGUCUACUCGCAGUUCGGUGGAAGACAUGACUUUGCUGCCUCCGAGUGGAUUCAGUGACAGCCGUGAAUUGAGCGAGGCGGAGUGUGAUCGUGAUCGUGAUUGGCAGGGACUAUCCAUCGCUACGCGACAUAGCGGUAGUCUUGGAAGGCUACCGGUUGAUGCAGUCGAAACAAUGCUUGCUAGGUAUCAACAAAGAAAAGAACAAGAAAGACAAGAAUUUACAAUACAUGUGUGAUAGAAUUAACAGGAAUGAGUUUCGAGCUGGCCAAAUAUUUUCGCGGGACGAUGAAGGCCCUGAAACUGUCGAAUAAAUAUAACAAAAUGAAAGAUAGAUAAAAGAUGUAUCAAUAUAUUACUGCUUAGUAAUAAUUGGUCAAUUGAAUUUACGAUAUAAAUUGAUAAAUGAUUUAGCAAAAUGAAUUAGAAAAUAAUACGGCUGCUUCGCCUCGUUUUGCAAUUCGGUUGUAAAUAUUAGUUUAUCAACACAAUGAAUUACUGCCACAAAAUAUACGAGACUGCAAAAUAUAGUUGUUGACUGUCUUUAGACCAAUAACUUGAUCGUAAGUGCAGAAACUAUCAAAAUAAAUCUGCACUGUGAUCUGUACUGUGUACUUUACAAAUGAUGAAUUAUAUAAAUUAUUAAUUAAUAUGAUUCUCAUAUUUGUUAUUUAUUGUUUUUCUAUUUAUGAGGUAAUGUUUUCAUACAUCUCGUAUUAAAAACUUUGGAAAAUUUGAAAGUGGAGAAAACUCUCUAACUGGUUUCUUACCACAAUUUACACUGACAAAAAUUGUA